AAGUCACGUGAUGACAACUUGAAUUGAGCUGUCAGCAAAGCUGAAUUAUUAUUACUGGUUUUUUUUUUAUUUUUAUAAAAUGAACAGAAGUUAACGCGUUAUUACUUUUAAAUUUAAAAAUAUAUAUUUAAAUGAAGAAAAGACUCUCAUCUUGAUAAAACAAAAUCGUAAAUGUUUGUUUUGGUUGUUUGCUUGCAACACCGCAUCGUUCGUUUUACUUUAUAAUUAAUUGUUUAGUUUGGUUUUCUUGACACAUUGUUAGCAGGACCUGUCUAUGUUUUAUAUACAUUGAGUUUAUUGGAAUUAAGGGAAAUAUUCGGGAUAUAUCGUACCCUAAAUUUGUUCGUGUUUUUUUUUUUUUUUUCAGGCAUUACAUUAGUUAGCACUCGGGUAUCAGUCUUAAUGAACUAAGGUUUUGUGUAUUUUUUAUUUUGUAUUUUAUUUGUUGUACAUUUUUAAGCCGUACUAGUACUUAAGGAUUACAGUGAGUGACAAUGACAACUUCUAAAGCACAGCACACAGGUUCCGGCAAAACUUUGAGAAUUGAAGUUGAUGAACCACAGGAAGAAUCAGAUGAAAUGAAUCCCUUUUCAUUUAAGCAGUUUAUUCGUAUUAAGAACCAGCCUACAUCUUCAACACAAGAUACCAACGAAAAGAAAAGGAACCAAAAGGAUAAAAAGCUACUUGGUAGCACCUUUAUUGUGGAAAAGGGCACAGCAGCUCCUCAGGGCUAUAACUUCAGCCUGGAUGUCCAGGAGCCAUUCUUUUCAGAACCCACAAUGCACAGCCUGUCUGUCAAGGAGGAGGAAGAAGAAGAUGAAGAGGAGGAUGACUGGAACGGGAGUUACCAGCCUGCUGCCAUCGAAGAAGCUCACAAGCUUGGCUCUUCCAGCAGUUUAGUAAAUACAACACGCCAGCCACUCGCCUCCCCUUCCACUGAGUGCAAUGAAGGGGCUUCCCUUCACUCAUGGUGGCUGGAGACAAGCUACACAGAUGACUCAAUUGCCUCUGACGAUCAUGAGAAGGAACAUGACGCGUAUGUGAAGGAAGUGCUAUUUCGGACACUGCAACAUAACCAUGAGAAAGUAAAAGAAGAGAACGCCCAGCUAAGGAAACAGGUUAAAGAACUGCUGAAAAUAUCAAAAGCACAAAAACAAAAGGCGAUAUAUCUGGCGGAUGAGUUGCAGAAAAGAACAAUAAAAGAAGAGAAGGAAGCUCGGGCUCUUGAAUCUAUGGUUCAGUCCGUGGAGCAGAACCUUCAGCUAAUGACAAAACGGGCUGUGAAGGCUGAAAAUAACGUCAUUAAAUUAAAACAGGAAAUUCUACAGCUUCAGAGUCAGUUUGAGAUCUGUAGAGCUGAAAACAAGCAGCUUCGAGCUGGAGAAACUGCGAUCUUGAAUACAAUGAAACACAAUGCACAUGUUGCUUCAGAGUAUCUCAACAAAGCUGCAAGCAGCGCAGAGGCUUCUAUAAAGCAGUUGAUGUCUGAGGCAGAAACGCUGUGCAUGGUGUCCCAACUUCUAAAAUCCAUCGACAAGAUUUCAGAAAUAUCGAGUGAAAACCAAUUAAUUUAACUGGGUUUGGCAGAUACAAUGCAAAAUAUAACUUGACAUGAAAAAGUUAUAUUAAGCAAAUUGCCCACAUAAAUCCUUUUAUAAAGGAAGCAUGGCCUUUUUUAACAUUAAUGGAUCAAAGGAAACAAUAACAAUUGAAAAGGCUACUUAAAAUGGCCGGAUGCAAUGUGUAUAGUAAAACCAUUCCUGUAGUGAUUGAUUUGUUUUAACGUGUAUUUAACUAUUUAUAUCCUACUUUUUGAGUGUAAUCAAGAGCUGGCAAGAUUUUUCCGUUUUUUGAACUGUGUGGAAGCAUUUUUAUAUUGUAAAAGAAAGCUUUAUAAGAUGGAAAAUAAACACUUUGAAACCA